GAUGUUAAAGCAGUGCUAUCAUGGCGGAGCGCGUUCAGCAGCCCCCAGCCAAACGGCUCUGCUGUAGACCGGGUUAUAACACGAAUUGUAGACAGGGACAACGGACCGGGGGUACGUUAUGUGGCGGUUCGGGUGCGGCCCAAGGCGGGUCGAGCAAAACCCAGACCCCGGAGUCUCUGUUGGACAUCUCGGCCCGGAAAGUGGCUGAGAAGUGGCCGUUUCAACGGGUAGAGGAGCGCUUCGAACGGAUCCCGGAGCCCGUACAGAGACGGAUCGUUUACUGGUCUUUCCCAAGGAGUGAACGGGAGAUCUGCAUGUAUUCUUCGUUCAGUACAGGGGGAGAGGAGAGUGGAACUAGCGGGGAAAAUAUUGAUGAGACGCGGCUGCCUUUCAGACGAGGCAUCGCUCUGUUGGAGAGCGGCUGUGUUGACAACGUAUUGCAAGUCGGGUUCCACCUCAGCGGAACAGUAACAGAACCGGCCACGCCGUCGGAAUCCGAGCUCGUCUGCAGCGUGAGUGUCAGCUUCGACCGCUGCAAGAUCACCGCGGUCACGUGCAGCUGUGGCAAUAAGGACAUCUUCUACUGCGCGCACGUGGUAGCGCUGGCCCUGUACCGCGUACGGAAGCCCGAGCAGGUCAAGCUGCACCUGCCCAUCUCAGAGACACUGUUCCAGAUGAACAGAGACCAGCUGCAGAAAUUUGUCCAGUACCUGAUAACAGUACACCACACGGAGGUGCUGCCCACUGCUCAGAAACUAGCUGAUGAGAUUCUGUCAACAAACUCUGAGAUCAACCAGGUCCAUGGGGCCCCAGAUCCCACGGCAGGGGCCAGUGUAGAUGAUGAGAACUGUUGGCACCUGGAUGAGGAGCAGGUCCAGGAGCAGGUGAAACUCUUUCUCUCACAGGGAGGAUACCACGGCUCUGGGAAACAACUCAACCUGCUGUUCAGCAAGGUGAGAGAGAUGUUGAAGAUGCGUGACUCCAACGGUGCCAGGAUGUUAACGCUGAUCACAGAACAGUUUAUGGGCGACCCUCGUCUGGCACUGUGGAGACAACAGGGAACCACCAUGACCGACAAAUACAGACAGCUGUGGGAUGAGCUAGGUACCCUGUGGAUGUGUAUUGUGCUGAACCCCCACUGUAAGUCGGAGCAGAAGUGUGUGUGGCUGAGACAGCUUAGACGGUGGAACAGCAUCGAUGUGUGUCCAUGGGAGGACGGAAACCAUGGCAACGAACUACCCAACCUCACACACGCACUACCGCACGGCAACCCAGACUUGUCGUCUCGUCCUCAUAGGACAGUGUUUACGAGGGCCAUUGAGGCCUGCGACCUGCACUGGCAGGACACACAUCUGCAGCGCGUCAUCACACACGACCUCUGCACACACACACACACACACUGUCCCCACGACAACCACGGCAGUGGAGGGGCACUGUUUGACGCCCGCGGAUGGCCCCUCUGGCACGAGCACGUCCCAACAGCGUGUGCGAGGGUUGAUGCGCUGCGGUCACAUGGUUAUCCCAGGGAAGCCUUGCGAUUGGCCAUUGCUAUUGUCAACACACUCAAACGGCAGCAACAGAAACAACUACAGCUCCUCCGCAACCACAAAAAAGAGCUGCUCCAUAAAGGCAUGACGUCAGUCACUAACAUGGAGGGCUGGGUGGGCCACCCCUUGGACCCUAUUGGCACUCUGUUCAGCACCCUACUGGACACGGGACGGGGAGACGAGGAGGGGGGCAACGCCUUCCUAGACUUCUCAGGCUCUGUGAGUUCAGCCAAAAGGUUGGAGCCCCACCUCUUCCCAGCACAACACUUCCUGGACGAUGGCCAAUCGUUCGUAGCACUGGCUGUAGAGACUGCUCUGAUUGGCUUAGGGCAGCAGAGGGUGAUGCCUGACGGCCUAUACGCCCAGGAGAAGGUGUGUCGCAACGAAGAGCAGCUAUUGGCCAAGCUCCAGGAAGUGGAACUGAACGAUGCCCUGGUCAAGAUCUUCCGCAAGCAAGCAGUCUUCCUGCUAGAGGCUGGUCCAUACAGUGGUCUAGGAGAGUUGCUCUACAGAGAGAGUGUUCCCAUGCAUACUUUCGCCAAGUAUCUCUUCACCUCCCUACUACCUCACGACGCUGAACUGGCGUACAAAAUUGCACUGAGAGCCAUGAGGUUACCGGUCCUGGAAACCACGGCUCCAUCAGGUGAUCUAUCCAGACCUCACCAUAUAGUAUCUAUGGUCCCUAACCGCUACCCUCGCUGGUUCACUCUAUCUCACAUAGAGUCACAACAAUGUGAACUGGCCUCCACCAUGCUUACCGCAGCCAAAGGCGAUGGGCGUAAGUUAGAAACGGUGUUAGAGUCCAUCCAGAAGAACAUCCACUCCUCGUCUCACAUCUUCAAACUGGCUCAGGAUGCCUUCAAGAUCGCUACUCUGAUGGACAGCCUGCCAGACCUCACACUGCUUAAAGUCUCACUGGAGCUGGGCCUUCAGGUGAUGAGAAUGACUCUGUCCACGUUGAACUGGAGGAGGAGAGAGAUGGUACGGUGGCUGGUCACCUGUGCCACAGAAGUUGGUGUGUAUGCGUUGGACAGCAUCAUGCAGAGUUGGUUCACCCUGUUCACUCCGACCGAGGCCACCAGCAUCGUGGCCACCACCGUCAUGUCCAACACCACCAUCGUCCGGCUGCACCUGGACUGUCACCAGCAGGAGAACCUGGCCUCCUCCGCCCGAACACUGGCCCUGCAGUGUGCCAUGAAGGACCCCCAGAACUGUUCCCUCUCCGCCCUCACCCUCUGUGAGAAGGACCACAUCGCCUUCGAGACGGCCUACCAGAUCGUACUGGACGCGGCCGUCACGGGGAUGAGCUACACACAGCUCUUUACAAUAGCUAGGUACAUGGAGCACAGAGGAUAUCCCAUGAGGGCUUACAAGCUGGCCACGCUAGCCAUGGCCCACCUUAACCUCAGCUACAACCAGGACACCCACCCGGCUAUCAAUGACGUGCUGUGGGCCUGUGCUCUGAGUCACUCUCUGGGGAAGAAUGAGCUGGCUGCCGUCAUUCCCCUGGUGGUGAAAAGUGUGAAGUGCGCCACUGUGCUGUCAGACAUUUUGAGACGGUGCACAUUGACCACGCCGGGCAUGGUGGCGCUGCACAGCCGCAGGAACUCUGGGAAGCUAAUGUCGCUGGACAAGGCUCCACUCAGGCAACUGCUGGACGCCACCAUCGGAGCCUACAUCAACACCACGCACUCUCGCCUCACGCACAUUAGCCCGCGCCACUACAGCGAGUUUAUAGAGUUCCUCAGUAAGGCCAGAGAGACGUUCCUCAUGGCCCAGGACGGACACAUCCAGUUUACCCAGUUCAUAGACAACCUUAAACAGAUCUACAAGGGCAAGAAGAAACUCAUGAUGCUCGUACGGGAGAGGUUCGGUUGACGAAGACUAAACUUAAAAACUAUUGUGAUUGGUCGAUGGAUGUAUGGAGAUUGAGAGCGAUCACGCCCCCUUUUACUUGAUUCUGCUUUUGUUUCCCUUUUCACUUAAAAAGUGACGGAAAAAGUGAAAGAAAAACCUGAAAACAACAAAAGGCCACAUCGGUAUUAAUGUGUAUAGACCCUAUUUAGUUCACAAGCAAACAAAAAAUAAAAUUGUCAUGUUGUGGAAGUGUGUGUGUGUGUGUGUGUGUGUGUGUGUGUGUGUGUGUGUGUGUGUGUGUGUGUGUGUGUGUGUGUGUGUGUGUGUGUGUGUGUGUGUGUGUGUGUGUGUGUGUGUGUGUGUGUGUGUGUGUGUGUGUGUGUGUGUGUGUGUCCCUUUAUGUAUAAAGACAGUGUGUAAGAGAGAGAGAGAGAGAGAGAACUAAAGAGAAAAAUACAAUCUUUUUACACUGAGUAUAUGUUGUCCAGUGGCGAGAUGUCCACAUAGCACUCCUGUCCCCCUCUGUUAAAUGCUCACAGCUCAGAGACAAUGAGACAAACAAGGCUUAAAACCAAACAGAGCAACUCCAUCAGAUGUGACCAGUACCUCGUACGGACCCAGCUUUAUUUCCCCCCUUAUCCUUAGCCCUUCCUCACCCCUCCUUCCCCCACUCAGUGUAGUCAGUGUGUGUUAACAGUUAAAUAACAACACAAACAGUUCACUAUCCAGUUCAGUCCACAAUUUCUUGUUUUAUUUCUCUUUAGUAAGAGAGAUCACCAACAUCAGGCUGGCUGUGGCUUUAGUAACAGGGAUCACCAACUCCAGGCUGGCUGUGGCUUUAGUAACAGGGAUCACCAACUCCAGGCUGACUGGCUUUAGUAACAGGGAUCACCAACAUCAGGCUUGGCUGUGGCUUUAGUAACAGGGAUCACCAACUCCAGGCUGGCUGUGGCUUUAGUAACAGGGAUCACCAACUCCAGGCUGACUGGCUUUAGUAACAGGGAUCACCAACAUCAGGCUUGGCUGUGGCUUUAGUAACAGGGAUCACCAACUCCAGGCUGGCUGUGGCUUUAGUAACAGGGAUCAUCAACUCCAGGCUGGCUGUGGCUUUAGUAACAGGGAUCACCAACUCCAGGCUGAGUGUGGCUUUAGUAACAGGGAUCACCAACUCCAGGCUGACUGUGGCUUUAGUAACAGGGAUCACCAACUCCAGGCUGACUGUAGCUUUAGUAACAGGGAUCACCAACUCCAGGCUGGCUGUGGCUUUAGUAACAGGGAUCACCAACUCCAGGCUGACUGUGGCUUUAGUAACAGGGAUCACCAACUCCAGGUUGGCUGUGGCUUUAGUAACAGGGAUCACCAACUCCAGGCUGGCUGUGGCUUUAGUAACAAGGAUCAUCAACUCCAGGCUGGCUGUGGCUUUAGUAACAGGGAUCAUCAACUCCAGGCAGACUGUCUGCUGUGGCUUUAGUAACAGGGAUCAUCAACUCUAGGCUGACUGUCUGCUGUGGCUUUAGUAACAGGGAUCAUCAACUCUAGGCUGACUGUCUGCUGUGGCUUUAGUAACAGGGAUCAUCAACUCCAGGCUGACUGUCUGCUGUGGCUUUAGUAACAGAGAUCACAAACUCCAGGCUGACUGUCUGCUGUGGCUUUAGUAACAGGGAUCACCAACUCCAGGCUGACUGUCUGCUAUGGCUUUAGUAACAGGGAUCACCAACUCCAGGCUGACUGUGGCUUUAGUAACAGGGAUAACCAACUCCAGGCUGACUGUCUGCUGUGGAUUUAGUAACAGGGAUCAUCAACUCCAGGCUGACUGUCUGCUGUGGCUUUAGUAACAGGGAUCAUCAACUCCAGGCUGACUGUCUGCUGUGGCUUUAGUAACAGGGAUCACCAACUCCAGGCUGACUGUCUGCUGUGGCUUUAGUAACAGGGAUCAUCAACUCCAGGCUGGCUGUGGCUUUAGUAACAGAGAUCACCAACUCCAGGCUGACUGUGGCUUUAGUAACAGGGAUAACCAACUCCAGGCUGACUGUCUGCUGUGGAUUUAGUAACAGGGAUCAUCAACUCCAGGCUGAUUGUCUGCUGUGGCUUUAGUAACAGGGAUCAUCAACUCCAGGCUGACUGUCUGCUGUGGCUUUAGUAACAGGGAUCACCAACUCCAGGCUGACUGUCUGCUGUGGCUUUAGUAACAGGGAUCAUCAACUCCAGGCUGGCUGUGGCUUUAGUAACAGGGAUCAUCAACUCCAGGCUGACUGUCUGCUGUGGCUUUAGUAACAGGGAUCACCAACUCCAGGCUGGCUGUGGCUUUAGUAACUGGGAUCACCAACUCCAAGCUGACUGUCUGCUGUGGCUUUAGUAACAGGGAUCACCAACUCCAGGCUGACUGUCUGCUGUGGCUUUAGUAACAGGGAUCACCAACUCCAGGCUGACUGUCUGCUGUGGCUUUAGUAACAGGGAUCACCAACUCCAGGCUGACUGUCUGCUGUGGCUUUAGUAACAGGGAUCACCAACUCCAGGCUGACUGUCUGCUGUGGCUUUAGUAACAGGGAUCAUCAACUCCAGGCUGACUGUCUGCUGUGGCUUUAGUAACAGGGAUCAUCAACUCCAAGCUGGCUGUGGCUUUAGUAACAGAGAUCACCAACUCCAGGCUGACUGUCUGCUGUGGCUUUAGUAACAGGGAUCAUCAACUCCAGGCUGACUGUCUGCUGUGGCUUUAGUAACAGGCAUCAUCAACUCCAGGCUGACUGUCUGCUGUGGCUUUAGUAACAGGGAUCAUCAACUCCAGGCUUGACUGUCUGCUGUGGCUUUAGUAACAGAGAUCAUCAACUCCAGGCUUGACUGUCUGCUGUGGCUUUAGUAACAGGGAUCAUCAACUCCAGGCUGACUGUCUGCUGUGGCUUUAGUAACAGGCAUCAUCAACUCCAGGCUGACUGUCUGCUGUGGCUUUAGUAACAGGGAUCAUCAACUCCAGGCUUGACUGUCUGCUGUGGCUUUAGUAACAGGGAUCAUCAACUCCAGGCUGACUGUCUGCUGUGGCUUUGCAGUGUUGUUUGCCCUGAUGCUUUAGACAUGUGCAGAAACACACACACACACACACACACACACGCAUAGAAACACAUAGUAACGGACACACUCAGAAACUCAUGCAGUUGCAGAAACAACCUGUAAACACACACUUGCAGAAAAACACAAUUAUACUGUCAUAGUGCUUGCGCUUGUGGAAACUUAGCAACUGUCAACAUACAUUCUCAGGGAUUUCUCAACAAAAAAAACAAAGGAAAAUAAAAAAGAGAGAAUGAGAGCAUUUUAUUGUACUGUAUAUAUAAUAGUAUAUGUCUGAAUAUUGAAAACAAAUGUAUACGUUAACUAAUUUAUUAAAUCAUAUUCUAUGUAAUGCAAAAUACUUGAAGCUGCAGUACCAUGGUUUUUAUAACCAAAACAUAUCAGAAGGACUUUUAAAACGUGUCGCGUUACGUCAUCAGGGGCCAGGACAAAGGUCAAAGGUUAGGGGUCAUCUCAGUAGGACUGUUAGCUGGGCGACCCCAGAGAGACAGACAGACUGACAUCCACUGGACUGCUUGACAGGAACCGGCUGUUUGCAAAAAAGGACAUGGAUGUUGUAUUUAGUAUGGACCAGCAAAAUAUAUGAAUCCUCCAGUUGAACACAGUUGUAUUGGGCACCAUGGAAUAAGAGGUGAGAAAGAGAGAGAAACUGCCCAGGAGCCCGGUCAGUAAUGCCGUAGCAUUACAAAUGGAGAACUCCGGCCCAGUGCCUACGAAGCCGUGAAAAAAUCUCUGACUCUUUACUAAUAAUUAGCAUAGUAAUACGCUGUGGUGAAAUUUGGUUUGUUCACGCAUCAUGUCUCCUUCCACAGUGUUCAAGUCACAAAAAAUCAUCUACAUUAUAUGCAGAACAACCAAUUAAAACAUGUACUUGCCUCUACAACGAACCCACAACACGCCUCUUCUGUCGACUCCUUGACUUUGUGCAGGACAGAAAGUUGCUAUGUUGGUCUUGACUGUUCAAUUUAGUUUUGUUACGCUUUUUUAUAUGUUUCUCCUUUUUCAACUUUUGAGUUAUCUCUCUAGAAUUAUUCAACGAGAACAGCCUUCUUUCUUGCCUUGUCUUAACGCUUUAAAACAACCAAACGGGAGUUCUGACUACCAAACUUUGUUCAUUGAAAUGAAAAAGCCAACCAACUUUGGUUACAACUUUUAGUGUCUUUCAUUUUUAGCUGAAUGGUUCUGUGUUCUGUGCUUUAAAAAGCCCUCUGUUUGUUUUGGGAUCAGAAACAUUGUCUAGUGUCUCUUGUCCCCUCCUCCCCUAGAGGUUUGUCCAUAGGUCCUUUGUCCAAAGACAAAUAUCAUUCAUGUUCAAUUUUAUUUAUUAUGAUAGGUAAACGAUUGUACUUCUUCAACCGUGUCAACAUUGCUCAUGUGUUAAAAUUCAGAUUUGAUACACCAAUAUCAAUUUAUUUAUGUAACUAAAUCACUGUUUUUUAAACUUGUUAAUGAUUGAACUUUUUUGUUUUAAUUAAAAUUCGUUUUUUGAGAGGA